AUGUCUAACAAACCAGAUAUGGCUGAGAUUCAGAGAUCCGAUGAGUCUAAAAUGAAGAAGACAGAAACACAACAGAAAAACCCACUGCUUUCAAAAGAAACAAUUGAAGAGAAGCAAGUGAGUGAAUUGUAA